AACAUGCGAUUACUGCAAUCAUAAUUCAGAAGACUUAGCUUGGCAGCAGUACUAAUACCGUUUCUUAUAAACUCAGAAAACUAAUCCUCUCUUGGAAAUUUGAGUUUCUUCAUAGUAAAAAGCUGAUCAAAUUAACAUGGCUUCUUCAGUUGUUUGUUUUCCAGCUAUAAUCAUCCCAUCUAGCAAGUACAGGGUACGUCAAAAGCUACCCCAAAUCAGAGCUCAGAGCUAUAGAGAUGAAGGGAAAUCAGGGCAUGUUGUUGAUUCAAAUUUACAAGUGUUGAGCUCCAGGAUAGAAGAAGUGAAGAUGAAAGAGAGAUUGGAGAAAUGUUUGGUAUGUGAGCAAGGUUGGAAUUACACAGCUACAACUGCAAGUUUAUAUUUACAGAAGAAACGCAAGAAACAAUUGGAUCAAUGUGUUGAACUUUUGUUGACGGCUGGUGGAACUAUUGGAUUUACUGUUCUUGGCUGCACACUUUGCCUCUACCUUACUUCUUUUCUUAUCCACUAUCAUUGAAACUGGGCAUGGUUAUGCUUAUCACUGCUAAGUUUAUAUAUAUCCGUAACUAUAUAUACGAGAUUAUUUUCAUUUUUACACUUUCUUUUGGGUUAUUUAAUUGCCCUAUAGCUUGUAAUAGCAAAGCUUAUUUUUCCAUUAGCUCAGCUAUAUUGUCCUCUCCCUGACAUUUGAAAUCCAUUGUCAACGUUUUCUUUCUUAAGAAGUCCAAAGAGAAGAAAAAGCUUUGAGAUUGUUGAUGUACGUAACUUUUGUUGCAAGGAUAAAAGUUCCAUGACAUGAUGUAGAUUUCAAGGAAUAUUUAACAUGAGUUCUACCGCUUAUAUUUUGC